AUGAAUGCAAUGGCAGAAGAAUCGUUUUAUGUUGGUUAUAACUUCCAUCCUUGCUAUGAAAUAAAUAAUGUUUCUAAAACACUGACAAGGACUUCUACCACAGUAUGUGUUUUACUAUACAUUAUCCUUGGGUUACUCUCUGUUGUCACAGUAUGUGGAAACCUUCUUGUAAUUAUCUCUAUCAUUUACUUCAAACAGCUCCACACAAUGUCGAACUACCUCAUCAUCUCUCUGGGUGUGGCAGACUUGCUAGUAGGAAUAGUGGUCUUUCCUCUGAGCAUGUCUUUCUCUCUUAGCUCUUGUCUCUAUUAUAGAAACGUAUUCUGCAAAAUUCGAGACAGCUUUGAUGUUAUAUUGAGCACAACGUCUAUUUUCAAUUUAUGUUGUAUUUCUGUAGACAGAUACUAUGCAGUGUGUAAGCCUCUGAUAUACAGAACAAAGAUAAAUGUCCAUGUUGUUGGAAUCAUGAUCCUUAUGAGCUGGAGUCUUUCUAUCUUGGUUGCUAUUGGCUUUGUCAUUGCAGAUUUAAACCAAGAAAAAUGCAAAGAAAACUGUUUUUAUGAUGUUGUGAUUGAAAAGAUUUUGCCACCUGUUUUUUCAUUUUACCUUCCUGUGAUCAUAAUUUUGUAUAUUUACUUGAGGAUAUUUUUUAUUGCACAGAAACAGGCACGAAGCAUCCAGAACACAAUUAAAUCUGUGGCAACUGUAAAUAACAUGGAAAGGAAGGCCACUAAAACCCUGGCUAUAGUUCUGGGUGCUUUUCUAAUGUGCUGGCUGCCUUUCUUUCUCUGUUUUUCCUUGCAGCUGUUAGGUGGUGUAUCAGUGCCAGUGUAUGAAACACUUAACUGGCUCACACUGUUUAAUUCAAUGCUCAAUCCAUUCAUUUAUGCUUUCUUUUAUCACUGGUUCAGGUCAGCAUUCAAAAUUAUAAUUUCUCGGAAAAUAUUUCAAAUGGACUGUUCAAACUUUGAUCUCGUUUAA